CAUAUAUAUACGAUGUAUAUACAUGCUGUCGUCUUUGUAGGUUUGACGUCUGCACCCCUUUUAUUCUUAAACGAGAUUUGAUAGAGAGCACAUGGUUUUUAACAUACUGCAAUUUUAGGGCUUGGAUAGCUGGAUAUCAAAGAGGAAGAAAAAAAGAGUUUAUUGAGCUUGAAUAUAGGUAUCUAGUCAUUCACUUCAGCUCAAAGAACCAAGUAUGGCUGCAGAGUAUAGAGAGCCCCUCUUAAAGAAGAAGCACUAUAAGAACUGCCCUGGAUGUAAGGUUGAUGAAAUGAAGGAAUUGGAGCAAGGCCUCCCAAUUCGGCCACUGCUUUCCAUAUGGAUUAUUGUUUUAUGCACUGCUCUGCCGAUAUCAUCUCUCUUUCCUUUCCUAUACUUCAUGAUAAGGGACUUUCAUAUUGCUGAAAGAGAGGAAGAUAUUGGCUCCUAUGCUGGUUAUGUGGGAUCUGCAUUUAUGCUUGGAAGAGCUUUAACAUCCGUAUCAUGGGGAAUAUUUGCCGAUCGUUAUGGUCGAAAGCCUGUAAUAAUUAUGGGAACUACUUCAGUGGUUAUUUUCAACACCCUUUUUGGCCUUAGUGUAAAUUUUUGGAUGGCUGUAAUUACAAGAUUUCUUCUUGGAAGUUUGAAUGGCUUACUUGGACCAAUAAAGGCAUAUGCAGUCGAAAUUUUUCGAGAUGAAUACCAAGCAUUAGGCCUAUCAACCGUUAGCACAGCUUGGGGCAUAGGAUUGAUCAUUGGCCCUGCUCUGGGAGGUUUUCUAGCUCAGCCAGCUGAGAAGUAUCCAAAUCUCUUUUCCAGAGAUUCAUUGUUUGGAAGAUUUCCAUAUUUCUUACCAUGCUUGGCCAUAUCAAUUUUUGCCUUGGCAGUAACCAUUGCUACCUGCUGGCUUCCGGAAACACUUCAUAAACACAAUGACAAUGAUCAAUCAUCUGAUGAUUCAUACGAUGCUUUGGAAGCUGCAUCUAAUGAAUCUAACACAAAAGAUAUAACAGAAAAGGAUGAAGGAAGAGAAUCAACUUCUAAGCAAAGCCUCCUAAAGAAUUGGCCUUUAAUGUCAUCUGUCAUCGUCUAUUGUGUUUUCUCCCUUCAUGAUAUGGCCUACACAGAGAUAUUUUCUCUAUGGGCUGUUAGCCCUAGGAAGUAUGGAGGCUUGAGUUAUUCGACGGAGCAAGUCGGGGAAGUUCUUGCAGUCUCAGGUUUCAGCCUUCUUGUCUUUCAAAUUUCCUUAUAUCCAUUUAUAGAGAGGCUUCUUGGACCUGUAAUGGUGUCUCGGAUUGGAAGUAUCUUAGCCAUACCUCUCUUGCAAAGUUAUCCUUGGAUAGCCAUGUUAUCUGGCUUCACUCUUACCUUGGUGAUAAACUGUGCAUCAGUCCUCAAGAAUGUUCUAUCAGUAUCGGUCAUAACCGGAUUAUUCAUUCUGCAAAAUCGAGCUGUGGACCAGCACCAAAGAGGAGCUGCUAAUGGCAUUGCCAUGACUGGAAUGUCUCUUUUCAAAGCAGUUGGCCCUGCAGGAGGUGGUGCAUUGUUUUCUUGGUCGGAAAAGCGUCUAGACGCUUCAUUUCUGCCAGGUACUCAGAUGGUAUUUUUCGUCUUGAAUAUAGUUGAGGCAGUUGGAUUUUUGUUGACAUUCGAACCAUUUCUAGCUCAACGUAGGCAAUAAAACAAGGGAUCCCAAUGGUUGGGAUAAUGAUCUUUUAUUUUAUUUUAAGAAUGCAAAAAAGAAGAGAAUACUCCAAAGGCUUAAAUCUUGGUCAACAAAGUAUCCAGAUACCAGCUAUGUCACUCGGGUUCUUAAUUCUUUUUGAAUAUUCAUGUACGACACUAUGUUAAAUAUAGGUAUGAAAAUAACAGCCCCCCCAAAAAUGAACACACCUAUGUCAAGGCAUAUUUGUAUCGUGUACUUACCACUGAAUCUGAAUAACGUAGCUUAUAAGUA